AUGGACGAUCUGAUUACCACCGCACAGCUAAGGGGGGCCUACGCACGAGCUAGCAGACCAGAACUUCGAGAGACAGCAACCAGACCUCUGUUUGAAGAGCUUUUUAUUGAGCACUUCAGAUGCCCUUCACUCUCGAUUUUCAGUGAACAACAACUGGAUGACAGCCGACAGGCUGUUGACAUAACAGUUGGAUACUAUGAUGAUCUACCUCAACCGAAUCUGGUAUUUGUCCUUUUGGCUGAGACGAAGCGCCACAAGGACUUUGGAGGUCUAGCUAUUUCUCAAACGGUAUAUGGAGCAACCGCGUAUGGGACCAAGAUUCGAUUUUUCCAGUUCUCUAGGGAAAGUGGUGUCUUCGAGGACAGGACCUUUUCGGGUGGCUUACAUGUUCCCAAGGAGGAGGCCUAUUGGGACCUGAAAACAGAUGGCAAGAAGAUCAUUCCCGUUAUGAAAGAGAUCUGGGAAUUCCGGAAACGACUUGGUCCGGUCAACACUGCUGCUUGA